GUGCGCAUGCGUUGUGAACCACUUGUGUAAUUUCUGUCAGACGCCAAACAGAUAUAUAAGAACAUUGUGACAACGGAGAAGGAAAGUCCUCUAAAAGGUCUCUCUGCGCUACAUAGAGAGGGUUAAAAUGUUUGCUUCAAUUAUUUCGAAAAGGCUGGUAACAGGGGUCUACCAGGCAGCACGGAGACCAGCAAUCACAGGGUUGGUGGCUUCUCGUGGUUACCGUGGAGACUCUCCGGAUGACACCAAGGCCGACAUGAUUGAGAUCCCUUUGCCGCCAUGGGUGGAAAAGACAGACGAGCCCAUCAACAUCAAGAAACGUCGGCUGCUCUAUGAGAGUCGCAAGAGGGGCAUGUUGGAGAACUGCAUAUUGCUCAGCCUUUUCGCAAAGCAAUAUCUGAACACAAUGUCUGACAUCCAGCUGCGGCAGUAUGACAGACUCAUUAAUGAACCAACCAAUGACUGGGACAUCUACUACUGGGCAACAGAAGCUCAACCCACACCAGAAGUUUACCAAGGAGAAGUUAUGGAUAUGCUCAAAGAGUUCACAAAAAACCGAGACCAAGAACAGAGGCUGGAUGCGCCAAGCUUGGAGUACCUGGAAAAAGAAGGUCUGUGAGAUCCUUUGCUUCCAGGAUCUGAUCAGAGACUCAUUGAUGGAAGGAUGCUGAGUAAAUAACUGUGAUAAACCUCCAGAACUUUCGGUUCAGAACUUCCUCCAUUGGGAAGUCAGAAAUGUAGUUCCAAGUGUACACAGCAAAAUGUACAAAGUACUCGCAGGGUAAAAAUGGUUGCAAAUGUAUUUCAUUCUUGGCAGAUUUCAUGACAUCAUCUCACAAUAAAGGACCCGUAUCGUGUCAUCUGCUUUGUUGAGUUUAAGAGGAUUUGUGGAAGAUGAGGGGAAAAAACAUUUAUAUGGCAAAAUAACUAAACUUCUCCAAAAUGCAUUCUUUUUUUUUUCCCCCCCAUUAUAUCACCCAGUGCUCCUACCUAAGUGACAGUCCUGGGCCAAAAUGGCCAAAAUGCAUUCUGAAUAUUUAUAUUAAAUGUAUUAUAAACAUGUAAUUCAUGACUGUAUAUUCAAAAUGCUUUGUGUUUUAGUUAUUCCGAAAAUCAAGCUUUGAUGAAUGGAUACAAUGACAUCACCGUGCCUACUGCUCAUAUUGUGUUAUUUAAUAAAUGUGAAAGAUUCA